CAAAUACAAUUAUUAUUUCAAAAAACAAUAGUCAGAAAAUAUAAAUAUUUUAUUUGUUUUUUUAUUUAUUUUUACUCAGUUUUUAUUUAGUGUCUUUAAUUAUUUAUAAAAUAGCAAUAAUAAUAAUAAUAAUAAUAAUAAUAAAACAAUAUCAAUAACAACAAUAAUAGCAACAACAAUAACAAUAAUAAAUAAAUAAUAAAGUAUAGAGUAUAAUAACUUUUUUUUAUAAAAUGGAUAUUAAAUCAAACCACUAUGAUAUUAUUAUUUGUGGUGGUGGUAUUGCUGGGUUAAGUGCAUGUAGACAUCUAUUAUUAAAAAUGCCAGAGUUAGCAGGUCGUAUUGCCAUCAUUGAGCCACGUUCAGAGAAACGUAACAAUCUCGAUGAAGAUUAUAAAGUUGGUGAAUCAACUGUUGAGGUUAGUGCAAUGUUUUUUGCUAAGGAAUUAGGUUUACAAGAUUAUUUAAUUGAAAAUCAUCCACCAAAAUUCUCAUUACAAUUUCAUUGGCCCAGAGAUCCAAGCAAAACAGAUACCAUGGAUGACUAUUAUAGUACAUGGGCAGUAAAGAAUCCAGACAUUCAAGCAUUUCAAUUAAAUCGUUGUAAAAUAGAAAGAGAUUUAUUGAAAAUGGUAGUUGCCCAAGGUGCAGUUUACUAUCAUGGUAGAGUUAGAAAUGUAGAUUUAACCAAAGGUGAUGAAAUUAAAACAUUGGAGGUCGAAUUAUUAACAGAGGAGGAAGAAUUCAAAGAUCAAAAAGUAAUUGAAAGAAUUAUUUUAACAACAGACUAUAUAGUCGAUUCAUCUGGUCGUAAUUUUGUUGUAGGAAGUAGAACCAACAAUAUUUUAAAGGAUCCAAGUCACCUUUUUGGAUUACAAAAUGCAUCAACAUGGGUUCGUGUAAAGAACACUGAUCGUAGACUCUUUGAGUUUACCAAUCAAAAUGUAACAUGUAGCUGGUCAUAUGACACCAACCAUUUCUUUGGUCCAGGUUAUUGGAUCUGGAUGAUCCCCCUCGAAAGAAGCACAAGAGACUAUAGUAUUGGCGUUUCAUACCAUCGUGACAAAAUUGCUCCAUCCCAAUUAAACUCAAUGGAUAAAUUCAUGUCAUUCUUGGAAAAGAAUCAAAAGAUCCUCUACAACGUAAUCAAAAGUGGUGAAAUUGUCGAUUUCCACCGUUGGCCAAAACUAGCACAUACAAGUCGUACUUUCUUUUCUCAGGAUAAUUGGUGUGUACUCGGUGAUGCCGCUGCUAUUUUCGACCCAUUCUACUCUACUGGUAUGGUUAUGAUUGCAAUGGAAGUCGAGUGUAUGACUGAAAUGCUCAAGUAUAAAUUAGCAAAAGAUAAAGAAGGUUACCAACUAAGAGUGAACUCUUAUGAUAAACUAAUAAGAGCUGUUACACAAGUUAAUAAUCAUCUCAUCAAAGAUCAUUCAAAUCAUCUUGGUAAUGCAUCCGUUAUGAGCUGGAGAAUCUACUUUGAAUCUGCAACUUAUUUCUCAGUUCUAUUACCAGCAUACAUUGGAAAAUACCAUUUGUGUCCCAUUUUUGUCGAACAUUUUACCUCCGAUCACGAAAACAAUUUAAAUAUUCGUAAUGAAAUGUUAAAGGUUUUAGAUCACGUAAACGAAAACAACAUCAACAUUGGCUUUAUGGAUAAUCAUAGAGGCAGUCAACUCUUUGGUAAAUGGUCGCCAACAUCAUCAUGGGAUCAUGACAAUGCACUUUCUGACUGCAAGUAUGGUCACAAACGUUUAAAUCUUCCAAAAUGUUUAUCAUGGAAUAACUUUUAUCAAUCUCUCAUCAUAUUAAAGCUCUACUAUCGUGCAUAUGGUAUCUCUGCUCUAUGGAAUUCAUCAUUCUUUAAAACCUUCUCUUCAACAUUCUACCGUUUCUCAAAAUUCUAUCUUGUCAGUUUAAUUCAUGACUUUAAUAUGAUUGGUGUUCCAAAGAAUGAGUUUUAUCAAAAAAUGCAAGAUGACUUCAAAUCUUACAAAUAUAACAAUGAAGUUAUUGAUUGGAAAUAUUAAAUAUUAAUUUCCAAAUAAUUUAUUAAAAAAAAAAGCCAAUAUAUCUAUUUAAUAAUAGUAUAAUAGUAAAUAAUAUAAUAAUAGUAAACAAUAAUAAUAAUGGUAAAUAAUAUAAAAAUAAAAUGAUAUAUUAUUUUAUUUAAAAUUUU